AUGGAAUUUGGUAAGAAAGAGAAAAACAAUUAGAUGAGGAAACAAAAUAUUGUUUUAAGUAUUGUAGUUAUGGAAAUUUAGAAAUUAAAUAACUCAUUAAGACAUAUAUUUGGAUAGAAAAGUUAUUAAAUCAUUUGUAAAAAAGAUUUGUGUAAAAAAAGAGGAAGUUAACAAAAAAGUAUAAAAUUUUAAUAUAUCACAGGGAGAAAAAUAGUAGAAGGAAUUGAAAUAAAGGAUGUAAUAUGA